AACUAAGUUUCCAGCUUCACAACUAAAAGACUUCCUGGCUCGAAGUUCGUUUGACCAGGCUCCAGCCAUUUCAAAUCGGCACUGGUAAUCUCAAACCAGACCAUCCAGCGCUCAGCUCCUGUGAUCAGGCUUCCGUCGUUGAUUGAACCAGCUCUGGGUGAUUGGGUCUGUCUAACAUCGAGAUUAGUCUUGGAACACCUCCUAUCGCCCUCGCGAUCGGCCGUGACGGCGCAAUGGCGGCGGCGGCGAGGGUGAUCCGUCCGGUGACGUUCGUGACGGGCAACGCGAAGAAGCUGGAGGAAGUGAAGGCCAUCUUCGGCUCCACCGUCGCCCUGCGAAGCCGCAAGAUCGACUUGCCUGAGUUGCAGGGCGAGCCGGAAGACAUUUCCAAGGAGAAGGCCAGACUCGCAGCUGCCAAGGUGGGCGGGCCAGUGCUUGUGGAGGACACAUGUCUCUGCUUCAACGCCCUUGGUGGGCUGCCAGGCCCAUACAUGUGAGUCGCGACACUACUGCCUGAGUAGUCUGAGGGCAACCUAGCUCACAGGCAAAUGUCCAAUGACAUUCGCAGAUGACACGAUGGAGGAAUUUUCCCUGAAAGGAAACCGCGUUCUGAGUGAUUGAAAUGUCAACUGUGUGUGCUGUGUGGAGUGUGUUUGUGCUUACCCUUGCAAGGAGUGUGCGGUUUAUGGCAUGAGAGGGCGGCAUGUGUGUGGGUAUGUGAAAGAGGAAGAGUGUGUGUGCCUGCGUGUGCAUGGUUGCGUGCUUGUGUGCGUGUGAUCGAGUGAGUGAGUGGGUGUGUUGCUCUUGCUUGGUGCAGAAAGUGGUUUUUGGACAAGACCGGUCAUGAGGGCCUGAACAACCUCCUUGUAGCAUAUGAAGACAAGACAGCCUAUGCCCUCUGCAUCUUCUCCCUCUGCCUUGGGCCCGACCAGGAGCCCCUAAGUUUUGCUGGGAAGACAGAGGGCAAGAUAGUCCCUGCAAGGGGGCCAAAGGAUUUUGGCUGGGAUCCUGUCUUUCAACCUGAUGGCUUUGAUCAAACUUACGCAGAAAUGCCGAAGGACACGAAGAACCAGAUUUCACACAGAAGACGAGCAUUAGACCUUGUGAAGAAGCACUUUCAAGAGGAGAAUUUCGUGUUUGAGGACAUGGUAGAUGACCAAUCAGUGAAAAAGGCACGAAUUGAUGCGUAAACAGAUUCAUAAAUCUGGAGUUUAUUUGAGCCCUUUUCGUUUUCAAUUAUCUGAAUGCAAUGGCUACAACG